AUUUUCACAGGUCCUUACUCAAAACUGAACUGGGAUGCCACAAAAUCAGCCCCCACAUUCACCCAAAAAAAAAAAAGAAAAAGAAAAGAAAGAAAGAAAAGGGGAAAUUCAGAUUAGUCACAAAGAAGUUCCCCGCCUGCUGCUGCUGCUGCUGCUGCUGCUGUGUGUAUAAAACCCUGAGCCACUCCUGAAGACACUUUGUUCAUUUCAUUUGGGGACAACGCAUCUACUGCUUCUGCUUCAUUCCCCUCAAGAGAUUUGCCCUUUGUGCAGAAGCAGGGGAGGGCUUUUUUUUUCCGUCCAGUUGGGCUGGCAGGUUGGUGGCAGGGAGGCUGGGAUGGAAGGGAUGCUGGAGAUGGAGGCCCAAAGGCUGGAAGAGCAGCUGGAGCUGGAGAGGAGACAGGUCAGAAGGAACAGACUGCAGCUGGUGUCUGCAGUGGCCCAGUGGAUAGUAUUGCUCUCCUGCUUGGUCUAUCUUGGUCUUGGUUUCCUGCAUCCCCCUACGACUCCAAAAUCCCAGUGGAUCGAAGUUGCAGCCACAGGUUACGUCCCCAAGGAGAAACGCAUCAAUAUCUCUUGGAAUCGGGGCACCAUGAACGUCAGUAACCUCUCCAUCCCGAUCUACUGUGAUGGCUUCUACCUGGUCUCCCUGAAGGGAGCUAUCAAGGUAAUGGGCCAGAAGAAUGUCUCACUGAGCCUUAAGGUGUACAAGCGGUCCCAGGAGUCCAUCUUGCGUGUGAAGGUCACAGAGGAGGUAGUAGAUUCGGUGACAGUGUCCGAGAUGCGGUAUAAGGAUGAAGUCUACUUGGAGGCCUACAUAGAUGCCAAUUACAAAGAUUUGACACUGGGCCUCUUCUUACUGACUCCUCGCUCAUACUGCGUAGACGACAUGGAUAAAAUGUAAAGUAAUGCCCCUGCGAUCAAAUAAAACUGGGAAUUGGAACCCAGCACCUAAACUCAUGGGAGGGUUAUGACCAAUAGGCUGUACAUGUGCAAAAAAACCUACCCUGGCCUCACCUCUCAGGGGCUUGUGGUAUGUCUGAGUGAGAGAGUUCUCAUGGCUAGUGCAAACAAGCCAAUGUGCAAAUGGUCUUUAUACAGCACAUGUCCUGUUCCUCUCUUUGGGGCUCACCACAGCUUAUUUGUUAGCUGAAAUGGGAGAAAUGUACAGUGCCCUCAAGAAGAAUGAAGAGGACCCCACUGAAAAUUACCAAUGCUUGCCUCAGAGUCAGAGGAAUCCUGGAUUCUCUAUUUAUUUGAUAAUAUUUGUAUAUAAUUGAAAUUCUGUGUACAUUUGCUGAAAACAGUCACUUCAAUCAAGAAGGGACCUGGUUUGUCUUGAAGCCACCUGGGCAAGUUGAAGACUCCAGGGACCCAGCACGCAAUCUUUGCCUCGUUGUGAAGGAAAAGAUGAAGAGAUGGCAGGCAACGCAUCCCCUGCGGUGAUCCAGAUAAAUGUGCUCUGAAAGACUCAGGAAAUGAAAAAAUACGAGUGUUUGGAAGUGAGAGAAGAAGGCUGGAAUGGACCAGUGAGAGACUGUUAGGAAUGGCUUUUAAAAAAGAAAGAGACAAAUUAAAAUGCUGGCAGUGUCUAAUCAUCGGCAAACUCAGUGGCACCAUAUGCCCGCGCGCGUGGUCCAGGCAUGCAAGUGGUCCAGUUGACAUCAACAGGAUACUCCUGUUUGAGGUUAGGCAUGUGCAUAAGUGCUUUGCUGGUCAGGGUUUGUACAAGUUCUUGCUCCUUUGUGCCCAGAGGUUAGGAAUGGCUGCUGCAAACCUGGUAGAUGUGCAUUAGGAAGCCCCCACAGAGAUGCACCUUCAUGACUGCAGAUCCUAGCAUUCGUUAUUCACACACGCCAUGUGCAAGAAAAAAUUUCCCUCCUGCACAUAGGCGCCAACUCCAUGGGUGCUCCACGGCUGGAGCACCCACGGAGAAAAAUUGGUGGGUGCGCUGCACCUACCGGCAGCUCACCUCCGCCUCCACCUCCUCCCCUGAGCAUGCCACCGCAUCCUGCUUCUCCCCCUGGCUCCCAGCACUUGCGCUGCAAAACAGCUGUUUCGCGGCGGCAAGUGCUGGGAACGCAGGGCGCUCAGGGGAGGAGGCGAGGCCAGGGCGGGGGCGGACUUGGGACAGGGACUUCGGGGAAGGUGUUGGAAUGGGGGUAGGGCAGGGGUGGAGUCGGGGCGGGGCUGGGGGUGCGCGAGCACCCACCGGCACCAGGAAAAGUUGGCGCCUGUGCUCCUGCAGAUUUCCUAAGGUGGCAAGCAGGGCAGGGCAUUCUUGUGGAGUCUAGUCAAAUAUUUCCAGCUAUGGAAUGAACACAUGCUAUUGCCUUAGUUGCAAGCCAGGAGAACUUUGAAGUCCUGGCAAGUGGAGCGCCUUCUCCCCCAUCUUUCAUCUUAAUUAAAAAAAAACAAAAAAACCCAACCCCAGGAAAUUCAAUUUAAGUAACAACUGUUAAGAGAAUGUUAAGACUCUAUGGCUAAUCACUGAUAUCAGGGAAUGCCACAGUUAGUGUUGCAUGCACAACCUGAACCCAGCUCUCUUGCAUGUAUACCUAUAACAAUAAAGUCUUUAAACAUCUGAUCUCAUACUAUUUCUCAAAUAAUACUGCAUAUCAUACACGUUUUCUUCAACUUUAGAUACACAUUUGUAACAUCUUCUAGUGCUUAGUGUACGCCAGCCAAAAGAGUUCGUCUAAUUCAUUUGCAUGAAAAGUAUAUACUAGAUGAAACUUACCCAAUGUAAAUAUAGCAAUAUGGAGCAAAAGUAAAAAUGAACUAGGGGGUGUGUGUGUAUAUAUAUGCUAAUUAAAUUUGCAGCUAAGUUAAUUUCAGUUGGAAGUUGGAAGUUUGGGUUGCUGGUUGAAAAGAUAGUAUAUAGAUGCUGACAAAACUACUAAAAUACAUUCUGUAGGAAGAAAGGACUACACCUUGUAAAACCCCUACGUCAAUAAAGAUAGAGGCUGGGUUUUCAAAGCUGCCUAAUGGAGCUGGACCAGAUUUCCCAAUAAGUGUACUGGGAACAGGGCCUUCAAAUCAUUAAAUGGCAUUGAAAAGCUUUGCUACAUUUUAGGGGACUGGAAUGACAAAUAAGUAGUGUAAAUAUAAAAAGAAUGAUGCAAAUAUUAUGAGUAGGUAACAUGUAACUAGGUUUGUAGAAAAAAACAUAGGAUAUAUUGCAUCACCUGAGAAAUAGUAUGUGAACUUUUAAUUAGAGGAGGCAUUGUAAUACAGGUGGGUUGGGGGUAGAGUUAUGGUUGCUUGUACAACUGACUGGAGCGCUUAGCUGUGCAACCAUAACAUCUGCCUACCAUUGCUUUUGUAUGGGAUGUGUUGUAUAUGCUGCACACAGGCACUGCAGUGAAUGUAGAACUGACCCAGCCUCAGUCAAUCCUCACCUCCAUUGACCAUCUCCUGCAAACCUCCCUCCCCCCAGGUGAAGCUUUCUCUCCCUCUUCCCAUCAUGAAAGGCCAUAUGGUUCUAUGAACUGCUAAAGCUCCCAGCCACUACAGGGUGCUAACCAAAUCCAAAUCCUCGGGGCAGGUUCAUGUGUAGAAGAGUCAGUUUUUUCAGCUUGGGUUUACAAUGCAGUUCUCACCACCUUCGUCCUACCAGUGACACUGACUAGUAAGCACUAGGCCAGUACAUACACUAGCAAAGCAGGAGGACCUUUCUCCUGCGCAGCUCUCUGGCAGGUUCAGCUGCACUAACUUCUGCCAGCCAGCUAGCUAGACAGUCAUUCAGUCCCCAGGGAGACCUUUCAUUUGUUACCUGAGCGGGGAGGAGUCUCCUACUCUCAGAACCCCCUUCAGUCCUCCUGCUUUCCAAACAAGUGCCCCAGUGGAACCCACAGGGAGGAUGCUGCACUCCUCAUCUCUCAGGAUUUAUAGCAGAGGCUGCUGAGGGUCAGGGCAGAGGGACAUCAUGGCUUUCCUCGUUCUUUCACCUCACAGAUACUGUACCAGUUGCACUAUGCCUGAGGUGUGCUGCCAGCCUAAUAGCCACCUGAGCACCAUAUCUCAUCUUGUCUCCUUCCUCAGUCCCUGGGCCAAGUGAGAAUGUGUUUCCAUUACUGAGAAAUAAUAAAACAUUCCUCUGU